ACGUUAAAAGCUUUUAUUUGGUAUUUAAUUGUAAUUAUAGGUUUGAUGAAGGGUCGUGGUGCUUUAAUUGUGUUUGAAGGAUGUGAUUGUUCUGGAAAAAGUAGUCAAGCAAAAAAAAUUCUUGAAAAAAUGUUCGAGAAUGGAUUUAAAGCGGAAAUUAUCAACUUUCCUGACCGUUCGACUGAUCUGGGAAAGUUCAUUGAUCGUUACCUGAAGAAAGAAGUUGAAAUGGAGGCAAGAGAGGCGCAUUUGGUAUUUUCAGCGAAUCGACAUGCGGUUUUUGAUAAAAUGAAAAGGAAACUUGAAAAUGGUGUACAUCUUAUUGUUGAUCGUUAUGCGUAUUCGGGUAUUGCAUACACUAUGGCCAAAAAAACGUUCAACAUGGAUAUAACGUGGGCGAAAUUGCACGAUUCAGGCCUUUUAAAACCUGAUUGCGUGAUAUUUUUUGAUGUGGCGUUUAGGGAAGCAGAAAAACGAGAUGGUUUCGGUCAUGAACGUUUUGAAACGUAUGAAAUGCAAAAUAAGGUUUAUAAAACCAUGAAAAUUCUGCAAAAUGAAGAGAAAAAUUUAUGGAAGGUAAGAAAUUUUGGCUUUACGGUAAUGUUCUAA